AUGGUGUUCAAAAUCUUCAACAAUCCCCAUUUCUCCCCCUUUUCCGUACUUCCAGUCGAAGUAGCUAAACUCAUAACAGGGUAUCUUGGCGACAAACGCGAUGUGUACUCUCUACGGUUGACUUGCAGAGACUUUUACUUCAUCACAGUUGACCAGUUUGGGCACGCGUGUCUUGAGACAGUCAAGACAGACCUUUCUAAAGAAAGCCUCUUCCGACUCGCUCACCUCGCGCAACACCAUGGAUUAAGAGGUCAUGUGAAGCGUCUAUCCUUUACCAGCCCUAAUGGAAUCUUCGGGGGCAAUCUCCAGUGGCUGCGCUACCCAGAAGGUCAUUUGGUACUUGGUCAAGAUGCGAUUCAGCUCUUGGUGGAUAUCAUGGGGUGUCUCCAUAGCUGCACCUCGUUCCAGAUCAAGCUAGAUACGAUGGAUGAACAGGAUGUGUAUAGAGAUGGAUUCCUGACGCAUAGUGAUAUUGUCAAUAUCUUCUUCAAUAUUAUUGCGUAUACAGGGCACCCAGUAAAAUCCCUUGCUUUGGAUUUCCAUGACGGAAAUGUCUGCAAUUCCAUCAACACAAGACGAUUGAACCUGCCAGCCCUCCAUAAGCAGAGAGACUUCGUCUCUGCGUUGGCGCACAUGGAGGAACUGACACUGAAUUGCACGAUGGACUCCCGAGUCAUUGUCAGACUGGGGUUAACCCUUAUCCAGCACGCUUUAUCUCUCCAGAAGCUCAGAAUUCAUUUCGACUUGUUCUUUGGGAAGGAAUUUAUGAGAUACCUCACAUCAAUAUAUAUCUCCGGCCAACUGCACGAACUCAGCCUCGAACGAUCUGUUGUAUCCGGGGAUAAUCUGUUGGCUGUUCUUUGCCGAGUUCCUCAGCUUCGCGUCCUUUCGCUUAAACAACUCCGACUAAGCGAGGACAGCAGUAUCGGAUGGCACACAGUGCUUCAGGCUCUGCUUACUCGGUUACCAUACCUGGACUGCAUUGAAUUAGGGAGUCUUCUACAAGGGUGUGCGCCAGAAACAUAUAGUCCCAAAGAGGCUUCUUUCCCCAGAGUGUUUGGGCAUCCAAGCGCUGGUGCUGGCUUUUCGGGGAAAGUUUACCUGGGUACUCUUGAUCCCGACAGUGCAGCGCCCAUGGAGAUGCAUUACUCUGGGCCUUGUAUGGAUAGGGCUCUGCAGGCCACAAUUGAUAUGGUGACCAUAUUCUGACCACAACGACUUCACCAUGCCCAG